UUCGGCUUCCAGGCCUGUAGGGGUGGUGUGGUGCUCUGGUGCUGUGAACCGUUAUUUCUCACCACAAAAGAAGGUCGGUGUCCUUCACAACAGCUAACAUGGCUACUGCUACCAAAAUUAUACAGCGAUGGCGGAAUUUACUUGCAAGGCGGAACCUUCAAGGCAAACUUCAGUUGCGGUAUGGUGAGAUAUCGAAGAGGACACAGCCUCCGCCUGUGAUGCCACUUGGUCCGAGCCACAAAUUUGCAAACAACUACUACUGCAGUAGAGACGGACGCAGGGAAGCUGUUCCUGCCACAAUUGUCAUGUCUGCACAGAAGGCUCUCACUGCUGGCGGCGAAGUUGGCAAAGCUAACAAGACUGCAGUCACACCAGGUGAUUUGUAUAUAGAGCCACCACUCUCUACAGACCAGCCCUACCUCUGAGCAACAUGGAAAAACCUUCCAGAAUUACAAGUGUUGUUUUCCCCUUCCAGUACAACUGUAGAUAUCUGACCACAGCAACUGUUGGUUGUAUACAGUUCAGUAAACCCUGUGAAUAAAAUAUCAUGUGCUUAAA